CGACACCACAUCACCAGCUAACGGAGCAGCACCACGAGUCAUGUCUGCACUAUUUGGCUCUUUGAACCGGUUCAUCUCUCGCCUUGAUGCCACUCCGCAAGAGCAGGAGCAAGAGCAAUCAGGCGUCGGCGGCGCGUAUGGCUUCCAGGUCUUGAGAAAUGCGAACCAGGAGGUUCCCUUAGAGCCGUGGUUCGACUUCGUCAUUGGCAUCAAUGGCAGGACCAUCGACAACCCUGAUCCGGGGCUAUUUGCGACCGAGGUGCGCAACUGCGCGGGCAACACGAUCAGUGUGGGCGUUUUUAGUGCAAAGGGCCAAGUCAUUCGCGAAGUCUACAUAAGUAUUCCCGCUGAGAAGCCGACGCUGGGCGUGUCGCUGCAGUGGUCACCUCUCGCCAUCGCACAAGACGUCUGGCACAUUCUCGAUGUAGCACCCAACUCUCCUGCAGAUACUGCAGGUCUGCUGCCUUACGGCGACUACGUUAUCGGUAGCCCGGAAGGUCUGGUCCGUGGCGAGUCAGGGUUGGGUGAACUUGUUGAAGAUUUCAUGAAUCGCCCGCUGCGACUGCUCGUGUACAACCACGAGUACAAUGUUACGCGACCGGUCACCAUCACUCCUAGCCGUAGCUGGGGUGGUGAAGGGGCGUUGGGCUGCGUGCUUGGGUUUGGGGCUCUUCAUCGCAUUCCUGCGUCUCUGGAAGAGCCUCCACAAGCACCAGGAGAAACCUUAUUCGCGGCGAACAGCGCGCCUACAUCUUUCGAUGAGAAGCGGCCUCUGAUCUCUGAGGUUGCAUCCGGUCAAGGCGGCGCCGGCAACGGAUCCGAGCUUUUCGUACCAGCGAACAUUGCCAUGCCAGCUAAGACUCCACCACCACAAGGUACAGCGCUGCCGAAGAGAAAGCAGCGGGCACAUGCUGCCAUGCCUGGGGGUGGGGGACUGGAUGACUAUUUCAAAGAAGGCGAGCAGAAGAGCAAAGAGGACGACUACACGCCAAAGGGCAAGGGCAGUGUACCUCCCCCGCCAAAGGCUGGCGGACCGCCUCGUGGACCGCCAAAAAGCGUCACACCUGUGCAAGCUGAAGUGGAGUCGCCAGCAGCAGAGACGGCAACAGAAGAGGCAUGAUGUGCAGGUGAUCAACUGAUGCAUCGUUAGCUUUAAAAUCAUACAAAGGCAGCUUAAGCGAGCAACAUACCCGUUAGAGCUUAAUAAAGUUCGGCACUUCAUUCGAAAAGCUCCUCACGGAAGCGACUGACCCUCC